CUUGAAUACUUCCAUUAUCAUUAUGAUUUAUCAACUAUUAAUUCUAUCAUCAUUAGUUAAGGUUCUAACUUCAUCAGCCAUCAAGGAAUAUCACAGUUAUGAAAGUGAAUUCAAUAAUAUAAAAUUCAACCAACUUAAACGCAUAUAUCAUCAUUUUAUCUUAAAUCAAAAUCCAGCUAAUCCUUCAUGUUUCGGUUGUAAAUCUGGAUUAUGGUUGGCUAAAACAUUUGUCUUUGGUAGUAAACAAUUUGUACAUGAUCAUAUUGAAGUGACUUGUACAAAUUUAAAAAAUAUUUAUCAACCUUGUAAAAGAAUAUUAACUGAAUUUCUGGAUUAUGCUUAUGAUUUGAUAUAUGCUUACAGUGCAGCCGAACUAUGUGCACUUGCUGGGAUAUGUGCAAAUCCACCGAAAAUUGACUUUUGUCCACUUUGUUUAAUGAGUGUAGCGGAAGGCAAAAAUAUAUUAUUAUCCGAUGCUCUUCUAAACGAACUACAAUCUGUAUUUGUACAUGUAUGUGAUUAUGUAAGAUUGGAAGUAGAAUGUUCCACAUUUUUGAAUGAACUUUAUAAAAAUGUUGUCGAUAUAAUCAAACAUGUUGUAGAACCACAUUUUGUUUGUCAGGUAAAUACUUAAUUUAAACAUUAAUUAUUUACAAACACAUUUGAUAUAGUUAUAGAAAGAAAACUUUUUAAAAGAAAAUCGAACGAGACUAUAAGUUAUGGACGAACCAAUCAGAUAACAGGUCUAGGAUUUUGGCGCGAACUUCAUUCAUCUAUUUGGCUAAAAAGAGUUUUGAUAUUAUAGCUGAUGUCAGUUCGUGAUCAAAACUUUAGAUUUAAUUCCUAACCCUAUCCAUAAACUGUAAUUCAUAAUUCGAAUUCCUCAUACUAGUUUAUAAUCCUCAUGUCGUCCUAGCUAUUAGGUGUACACUCUCAAGCUGGGUCACAUGUGUAAUGCAACAUAUACAGAAGGAUCGGAUUACAUUAGAAUUGCAUAAGAAGAACACUUUUUUUAUUGGUAAACCAAUUGCAUGAAAAUGUAUUGUUAUUACAAUUUUAGAAUCAGCAUACAAAAAUAAAUCAUAAAAAUUAUAGAUCAUUUAGAA